AUGUCUGACUACGAGGAUGAGAUGGACGUGGAUACGUCCAAGGAUGUGCAGUUCAGCUCCGACAAUGCUGCUGGAAAGAAGAGGACAGUGGCCGAUCUGCCCGUUGAAGCACUGGACAAUCUUCCAUGGGUUGAAAAAUACCGCCCCGAGAGCCUGGACGAAGUCUCCGGUCACCAAGACAUCCUCGCAACCAUCAAUCGUUUUGUCGAAGCCAAUCGUCUCCCUCAUCUCCUCCUCUAUGGCCCUCCCGGAACUGGAAAGACCUCGACUGUUCUCGCCCUCGCUCGAAAGAUAUACGGAACCAAGAACAUGCGACAGAUGGUAUUGGAGUUGAAUGCCAGUGACGACCGUGGUAUCGACGUUGUCCGAGAACAGAUUAAAACCUUUGCCAGCACAAAACAAAUCUUCUCCAUGGCACCCCAAUCCGCAAAUGCAUCUCUCGCCGGUUUCAAAUUGAUUAUUCUUGACGAAGCAGAUGCCAUGACAUCCACCGCACAGAUGGCUCUCCGUCGCAUUAUGGAGCGCUACACAGCCAACACCCGAUUCUGUAUCAUUGCCAACUACACACACAAGCUCUCGCCCGCGUUGUUGUCACGUUGUACACGAUUCCGAUUUAGUCCUCUCAAGGAGGCCGAUAUUCGAUCCCUUGUGGACACAGUUAUUGAGAAGGAGGAUAUCAAGAUCCAACCUGACGCAGUGGAUAGUCUGGUCACCCUCAGCAAGGGAGAUAUGCGUCGGGCGCUGAACGUUCUUCAGGCCUGUCAUGCAAGCAGCAAACCUCUUCCGAUGCGCGAUGCACCAAAUGCCCCCGUGCCCGAACCCGAAAUCAUCACAAAUACGACAAUUUACGAUUGCAUUGCGGCCCCCCACCCGAGCGAUAUCCAAGAAAUCAUGUCCACCAUUCUGAAUACUAGCGAUGUCACAUCUUGCCUCAACACUGUCAAUACCCUCAAAGCUACCAAGGGUCUCGCCCUGGCCGAUAUCCUGUCGGCUCUAGCCGAUCAACUGCAGCAGCUUGAGGUGCCAGCGCAGACCCGCAUCACCUGGUUGGAGGGUCUCGCCGAGAUCGAAUAUCGACUAUCUGGCGGUGGAUCAGAGUCUAUUCAGACCGGUGGGUUAGUAGGUGUGGUGCGCAAUGGAUGUGAAUUGAUGGGCGACAAGGGCGUUGCAAUGACCUGA